UGGGUGCCUUGUUCAGUCUGGCCUAAUUGCCCAGUGUGCAGUGUAUUCUAGUAUUAUAUUCUACAGUGAUUUGUUUCGAUCUGUCUUCUUGUCUUUAAAAAUGGCUGAGCAACCUGAAACGGAAGCUUUUUCAAGCUCUUCACAAAACCUAACAUGCCCGCUCUGUCUUGAGAUCUUCGACGUGGCAACCAUCAUGACUUCUUGCAGACACACCUUUUGUUUAAAAUGCCUCAAACAAUAUAACUUAGCCCAUCAGAAUCUUGAUUACAUGGUCUGUCCUCUCUGUAUGGCGAUCUCUAAGUUUACGUCUACUAACCGUGUCGAUGAUUUCCUCGCCAAUGUUACGGUCAAUGGAUUAGUAGACGAUUACUACGCCAAGUGCGGAGGGAUGAAUGCUGCCCUUGAGAUGCGUCCAAAAUGCACAGGGUGUAAGUUCCAGCGAGAUGCUUACUCAUUCUGCAAAACAUGUAAUAUUUACAUGUGCAUUAAUUGUGAUCAUAGCCAUAAGCAGUUAACAAUAUUCUUUGAAGGUCAUAAGAUUAUACCAAAUGAUGAUAUCAUCAAGGGGACUGUCAUCGCUGGCCAUUCAUCCGACAAAUGCUACAUCCACAAGCAAGAGGAUAAAGACAUGUACUGUGAGGAUUGUAAGGUCCACUUCUGUCUCAAAUGCGUGAUUGACCGUCACAAAAAUCACACUAUCAAGAACAGAGCUGACUUUGAGCGGGAAUUGCGACUUGAGGUUAAUGACCUUGUUCAGCGAGUUGCCACGAGGAAAUCUGAACUAGAAAAAAACAUUCAAAACAUAGAACUACAACGUCACGAGGUAGACUCUGCUAUGCAGAAACUCAGAGAGGAUGUCAAUCAAGCAUACAGCAUCAAGGUCAAAGAGCAGGAAGAAAAUCAUCGAAAACUCAGCGAAGAAAUCAACGCUUUUCAGCAUAGUUUCCAUGAUGACCUAAACACGUUGAAAUCGAAAGAUCGACAAAGAAUCAAGAGUAUUUGUAGUUCAAUUAAAUUGGUGGAUAAGAACAGAUUGGGUCAUCUUGAGACAGACACGUUGUCUGCCCACGCCUUGCUUUGCGAGGAACUGGAUGCUGUGUUGAAGAAGUCCACUGACAACACAUCUGCAGUAGCCAUAACCAUGAUAACAAAGGAAGCGCGUAAUAAUUAAGAGGUUCAAGCCUGCAGAAUACUCUCGUCUUGACCUUGGGAGUAUCUGUGGAUUGUUAGAUCCAACGUUGAAAGUCAUUCAGCAUGUAAAUCUUAAAGGAGGAAUGAGUGGAAUGACUAAGUUCUCUAAUGACAGUGUGGCUAUCGGAUAUUACAGCAAAACUGGCAUAGAUAUCGUUGAUGUUACUGGUAAAAACCAAGGGUAUGCAAAUAUACCAAAUACGAAUUGUUUUGAUCUUAUAAUUCAAAAAGAUAGGUCUGUAUGCAUUUCGAUGGGCUACUCAGAAGCACACAAGUACACUUCUGAAGGCCUAAUGACAGCGAAAAUGACCGCAAGAAAUAACGACUUUCAUCUGAGACUAAGCAGAAGUUCGUCAGAUGAAAUACUCCUUGCAAACGGUGAAAACCAAGUCGAUAUCUAUGACCCUACAGGAUCUACUCUUGUGCGCACUGUCCCAACAAGGCACAAUCAGACGCAUCAGGUAUCUGCCACUAAAUCAGGUUUGAUCGUCACCAGUUCAUGUCAUUACACCAGUCCAAGUGUGGUGACAGUAUAUGAUAGGGAUGGGAAUGCUGGUGAGUCUCUAAAAGCACGAAAGGGCAUCAACCUGUAUGCUGCCGUGGAUGAGCAGGACAGGGUGUAUGUCGCGAGUAACGAUCGUAAGAAUGGUAACGUGGUAAUCAGGCUCUAUGAACUUGAUGGUCUGAACCUGAAGGAAAAAAAUGAGUUCAAUGCACUUGAUACACCAUUGGGUUGGUAUUGGUAUUACUUAGUUUGCCUCUCUUCAGACAUGCUUGCAUUUGCCUGCGACGAGAAUUUGUAUUUUAUAAAAGUUUCACUCUAAUUCGCACAAAUAGCCGAGUCAGGAAACGCAUUCGGGGACACCAAUUAUUUUGUCACCGUUCAAAUUUAGAUAGCUCAGUUGUUGAAUAAUUGUUGCAGACAUAGGUAAGAUCAAAGCAUUGAAUUGCAAAUUGACUCCGAAUAUUGAAAUAUCAAAAUCAUUCAAUCGAGCUUUGUGUAUAUUCUCAGGGUAUCCAUUAUGUGAAAGCGUAAACAUAUGGAGAACGGAAAGUUCAAAGUAAGGUUUGUAAUUUUUGAAUUGACAAUCUUACGAGUUAAUUGCGACAAGCGGGAGAGACUACUCUCCAAU